AUGACUACAAAACGUAUUCGUCAAUCAACCAAACAAAAUGACGCCGUUUCAAAACCGAAGAAGGCCAAAAAAUCUUCCAAACAAGAUUUUGAAGUUGAAGAAGCCAUUGUUUCCCUUCUUCCUCCCAAACUAAAGAGAGCAACGAAACGAUCAGCCGUUGAUUCCAACAAAAUCUGUUUUGUUGGAAAGCCUAUUCCUGUCGACGAAGCUCAAUCCAAAUGGCCUCACCGGUACUUGAAGAAGGAUGGAUUGAAGAAUAAUGAUUGCAUAAAAGCGAAGUAUCAUUACCGAAAAGCAAAAGUUGAUGGCGUUAUAUAUGAACUCAACGAUAAUGCUUAUGUUCAGGCUGAAAAAGGGAAAAAGGAUUCCAUUGCUAGAAUCCUUGAAUUGUUUGUAAGUGAUGACCAACAACAGUUCUUUACUGCUCAGUGGUUUUACAGAGCACAAGACACGGUUUUACAGGAUCAUGGUCGCCUUGUUGAUAAAAAGAGGGUUUUUAUCUCUGAUGUUAAAGAUGAAAUCCCUCUUGGUUGUAUACUUAGGAAAGUAGAUAUUGCUGAAGUUAAACCUGAUGUAAGUGAUUUGUCUGCACAGAAAAAGAAGAAUAAGAACAAGAUUCCUUCUUGUGAGCUAUAUUUUGAUAUGAAGUACACUGCGCCGUAUCUGACAUUCUCAAAAAUUUCUAAUGAACCAGAAAGAAUAGAAAGCAGUACCUCUACAAUUUCCAGUGAAUCUGGAUCUAAUGUAGUCGCUGCUGAUAAAUCCGAGUGGAGUUUAUUGGAUUUGUAUGCCGGUUGUGGAGCUAUGUCCACGGGACUUUUCUUUGGAGCUUUUAAAUCUGGCAUUAAACUUGUCACGAGGUGGGCAAUUGACAUCAAUAAGCAUGCAUGUGAAAGCUUGAAGCUUAAUCAUCCUCAAACACAUGUGAGAAAUGAAACUGCUGAAAACUUCUUAAGUUUACUUAAAGAGUGGGCUAAGCUGUGUGAAGAGUUUGUAUUGAAUGGAUCUGAAAGUUCAGAUUCUGAUAUGGAUGAUGGUGAAGAAGCUAAUGAUGAAGUUGUGGAUGAUUCAUCUGAUUCUGAGGUGUUUGAGGUUGAAAAGCUACUUCAAGUCUGCUAUGGCAAUCCCAACAAAGACAAAAAAAAGUCGAAGAAAGACAAAGAAAAGGCCAGCGAAGACGAAAAGCUAGGAUUGUACUUCAAAGUGCAGUGGAAGGGUUACGAUUCCAGUUACGAUACAUGGGAGCCAAUUGAAGGCUUGAGUGACUGUAAGGAUGCCUUGAGAGAUUUAGUUACAACAGGAUAUAAAGAUAAGAUAUUGCCUCUUCCUGGUCAAGCUGAUGUUAUUUGUGGUGGACCACCUUGUCAAGGUGUUUCUGGUUUUAAUCGCUUCAGGAACAAAAACGCACCCCUUAAGGAUGUUAAAAAUAUGCAAUUAAUAGUCUAUAUGAAUAUCAUUGAGUUCUUGAAGCCGAGAUACAUACUCAUGGAGAAUGUGGUUGACAUUUUGAAAUUUGUUGGUGGGUUUUUGGGACGUUAUGCUUUAGGCCGUCUUGUAGCCAUGAAUUAUCAAGCUAGAAUGGGAAUGAUGGCUGCUGGGUGUUAUGGCCUUCCCCAAUUUCGGAUGCGCGUUUUUCUCUGGGGAGCUCUUCCCACUGAAAAAUUGCCUGCAUUUCCAUUACCAACCCACGAGGUUGAAUCAAGAUCUGCAAUUCCCACUGGCUUUCAAGAAAUUACAGUUGCUUUUGCCACAAAUGAAAAGUGUCAGCUGGCUGAACCACUUUAUCUUAAGGACGCAAUAGAUGAUCUCCCUCCAAUUAAAAAUGAUGAGAGCCAGGAUGAAAGGAGCUACGGGGCUUCUCCUCGGUCAGAAUUUCAGAAAUAUAUCCGCCUAAAGAGAAGUGAGAUGGUGAAUUAUUCAGCUGACUAUGAAAACACACCAAGUGGAAUGCUAUAUGAUCACUUCCCAUUGGAAUUAAACAAAGAUGAUUAUGAGAGAGUCUGCCACAUUCCACACAAGAAGGGGUCUAACUUCAGAGACUUAAAAGGUGUGACUGUGAAGGGUAAUAAAGUGGAAUGGGACCCCUCUGUUGAAAGACAAUUACUAAAAUCUGGCAAGCCUUUGGUUCCAGAUUAUGCCAUGUCAUUUGUUCGUGGGACUUCCUCUAAGCCAUUUGGCCGACUUUGGUGGGACGAAAUUGUGUCUACUGUUGUAACGAGAGCCGAACCUCAUAAUCAGGUUCUUCUCCACCCGGAACAAGACAGAGUUCUUAGCAUUCGAGAAAAUGCUAGGAUACAGGGAUUUCCAGACUGCUAUAAACUUUGCGGCCCUACCAAAGAAAGGUAUACUCAAGUUGGAAAUGCGGUCGCUGUUCCGGUAGCCCUUGCCCUUGGAUACACAUUAGGUUUGGCUAUUCUAGGACUUUCUGAUGACAAGCCUUUGACAACUCUCCCAUUUAAGUACCCAAGUUGUCUUGCCCCUUCUUUAGAUACAGUUGAUGAUGAUGAUUCAAGUUGAGCUUGUCCUCUCUCAUAUAGUCAUGUCUUUUCCAUUUUUUUUUUUUUUAUCAAAGCACUAAAAUAAAAAGACAGGAGAUGUCUGAACCAAUACAAUAGAGUCGGAAAGCGUAUAACCUGCGGAAAGAAAGACUAGAUCUAUCCCCGUAAAGGAAAGGAUCCUAAGGAAAGAGGUGCUUAAGUCCACCAUAAUACAGAAAAGCUAAGCAGAUUACAAGACUACAUGCUCUAAGAAAUUUAGUACAAAAUAGUGAUAUUUCUAUCUAUACUUUUGCAAAUGAACCAACUAUUAUGUAGCUGCCAAGACAGCUUUGGAGUUAAUCCUUUGGGCAAGGGUCCUCAUUCCGGCUGAGUAUGUCUUUUCCAUUGAUAUCUUAAUUUCUUCCCUUUUUUAUUUGGAAUGUUCUUUUCAAGCUAAGAGUACACAUACUUCAUCAUGGAAUUGUAUGAUUGAAUGUUUGUACAAUUGAUGACAUUAUUUAUAAUGAUUUAUGAUUCAC